GCCUCUGAUCUCACCAUGCUUAUCCACUGUGAGCUGCUAGUUCUCAUACUUUUUUUUUCAGUUCAUACCGGGGAAGUCAUCGGAGGUCACGAGGCUGUGCCGCACAGCAGGCCAUACAUGGCGCUUGUGAAGAUGCACAAGGACAAUGGUAAAACUGGCUACUGCUGUGGCUUCCUUCUGAAUGAGGAUUUUGUGAUGACUGCAGCCCACUGCCAGGCCGAGUCCUACACCGUCUUACUAGGACUUCACAAUUUCCAUAAACGAGAUGGAGUACAGCAGUUAAAUGUGAAGCAAGCAUAUCCACAUAAAGACUUCCACGAUGAAAAAAAUGACAUCAUGCUUCUUAAGUUGAGCUCCAAAGCAAAUUUCACCAAAAAUGUGAAACCCAUUGCUCUGGCAGACAAAGAUGAUGUCUCUCCGAAAUCAUGUCUCGUCUCCGGCUGGGGAAGACCAGAGAGGUCCAACAACAAGUCAAUGUCUCUCACACUCCAGGACGUCACUGUCACACUUAGUGACAACGAGAAAUAUGCUCUGGACAACAUGUACUGCUCUGAGGGAGCGACAGGACCGGGUGAAAUCAUGUAA